ACUGACUUUUCUUUUCUUCCUUCAAGUCAACUAAAUAAUUUUUGUUUCUCACAGAAUUGCCUAGAGGAAGGUGUCUCGCGCAAAAAGUUGGGAAAUAAUUUUUACAAUGUAUGAAUGGGACGAUAAUGCCGAUAAUGCGCCAGGCUAUAACGAGAAACCUCGGUUUACAUCAAACAGGAAUAACGCACGACGUUAUCCGAAUCGUACGCAAGGUAUGAAUAAGCGAUCCGAUGAUAACCGACGUGGAGAACGCGAGAAUUACAACAACAAAAAUAAGGGUAGAGAUGGCGCUAUCGGCCGACAUUUUGAUUUUAAGGAAUCUCUUGAUUUACGUACAGAAUGUAUAGGCCGCAUUAUAGGACGGGGGGGUUCUAAUAUUCAAGGCCUGCAAACCGAAUUUGAUGUUCAAAUCGAUUUGGAUAAGUCCCAAGGAAUUGCCACAGUCUUAGGCAAUGACAGUGAUAGCGUAAAUGGCGCUGUAGAACGUAUUAAGCAGCAAAUGAACGAAUGUAACGAUGGUCAGCGUCAAUAUAAUGGUGGUACACGUAACCGAAAUCAAUUCCAUAAUGAUAGAUAUAAUCAGGGACACCAUCAGUAUCGUAGUGAGGUAUUAGAUGAUCAGGUUAAUGGCGCUAACGUGGAAACUCCUCGUAAUGGAAAUAAUUUUUAUGAAGAAAAUAACCAAGGACUACUUUUUGCCAAAGACGGUGUGAUUGACUGGACUGCAUUAAAUGCAAGGGCUGAUAUAGAAAGAGCAGAACGAUGGGCAAAAUGCCCGCAACUUACCAAAAAUUUCUACAAAGAAGAUCCAGAAGUAACCAAUAUAGGUGAAGAUGAAGUAGCACGAAUUCGUUUAGAAAACAAUAAUAUCACUGUGGGACGCGUCUUUACCCAGGAGAACGAUCAACCUGGCAACAUUCCGAAUCCUAUUUGGAAAUUUGAACAUUGUUUUGCUCCGUAUCCAGAUCUUUUAGAUGAAGUAGCAAAACAAGGUUUCCAAACACCGUCUCCUAUACAAACACAGGCUUGGCCUAUCUUACUCAAAGGCGAAGAUAUGAUCGGUAUCGCACAAACAGGCACUGGCAAAACUUUAGCUUUCUUACUGCCAGCUUUAAUCCACAUUGAAUAUCAAAGCAUCCCACGAUCUGAACGGGGUGGUCCGAAUGUGCUUAUAUUGGCGCCCACUCGUGAGUUAGCUUUGCAAAUUGAGAAAGAAGUUAAUAAGUAUUCAUUUCGUGGAAUUAAAGCGGUUUGCAUUUAUGGCGGAGGAAGUCGUAACGAUCAGAUUCAAAAUGUCGAACGCGGGGUUGAAGUUAUUAUAUGUACACCCGGCCGUUUGAACGAUUUGGUGCAAGCUAAUGUAAUUGAUGUGACUACAGUCACUUAUUUGGUAUUAGAUGAAGCAGAUCGAAUGUUGGACAUGGGUUUUGAACCACAAAUCCGGAAAGUUUUAUUAGAUAUACGUCCUGAUCGUCAAACUAUUAUGACUAGCGCCACUUGGCCACCAGGCGUGCGUCGUUUAGCUCAGAGUUAUAUGAGUAAUCCAAUACAAGUUUGUGUGGGAUCAUUGGAUUUGGCCGCUACCCACUCAGUUCGUCAAGUGGUAGAAGUUGUGGAAGAAGACGAGAAAUUUUAUAUGAUCAAAUCAUUCAUUAAAAAUAUGCAACCUGAUGAUAAAUUGAUAGUCUUUUGCGGAAAAAAAGUACGGGCCGAUGAUCUCUCGAGCGAUUUAACUCUCGACGGUUUUCUAUGCCAAGCCAUACAUGGUUCACGAGAUCAGGCUGAUCGCGAGCAGGCUAUCGCCGAUAUCACCUCCGGAGAUGUAAAAAUUCUCAUAGCUACUGAUGUAGCUUCUAGAGGCUUAGAUAUUGAUGACAUAACGCAUGUUAUCAACUUUGAUUUUCCCCGCAAUAUCGAAGAGUAUGUCCACCGCGUAGGUCGGACUGGACGUGCUGGCCGCACUGGCACAUCGAUUAGCUACUUAACGCGUUCCGAUUGGGCGAUGGCUCCUGAGUUAAUCAAAAUCAUGGAAGAAGCUAAUCAGCAGGUACCUGAGGAGCUUAUUGAUAUGGCCGAGAGGUAUAAUAAAAUGAAAGAAAGACGUUCAGACGAAAUGUCAAAAUUUAACGGCAUGAAAGGCAGGCGCGGCGGGGGCGGUGGCGGUAAUCGGUCCUAUGGUAACCGCAAUUACUAAAAUGUAAAGCAACACGCAUUUUAUUUGUAUUACUAUUAUUUUUGGUUCACUUUAAUUUUCACAUUGCAAUUGAAGAAAAACACUGGAAUGUGAUACCUAUUUUAUUCCUUUCAUUAUCUUGAAUUCUUUUAAUUAGAUUAUAUAUAUGGAGUAUAAACUUAUAUAAUAAAA